UACACAAGAUAAAACCAAUAAUAAUUCGCCUUUGUGUCGCAUACUUGCUUUCGUAAAAGUCUAAUCGUAGUAACUACGAAACAGAUGAUACAAGAAUCAUACUGUGAAGGAGGUUUUGAUGUAUAUGUUUUGCUUAUACCAUUUAGACCAAUAGAAAUGAAUGAUGUAGACGACAAUUAAAAAUUAAUAGCCAUAUAUAAAUUUAGGUUAAAAAGUAAAUUAAUGAAGGAAAUAUUAAUAUUGAAGUUAUCAUAUUUAAAAUGAGGUUUAGUAAAGCAAAUGUUGCCGAUGUAUUGCGUCUCAACCAAAGAGACGAAUUAUUUAUUAUGGAAUCCGGGCAAAAAAUUUCUGAACUAUUAAAACUGAUCGGAUCUGGAAACUAUCACAGGUUUAAUACCUCAAUUUCUUAUUUAUCUACAAUUUGGUAUUAUUUUAUGACAUCAAUGGGAAACUUACAAACAUUAGGCGAAGAGUAUACUGGAACUAUAAGAUAUAAUAAUAAUAAUCAAUUACCUCCAAAAAGUAUGGGGUUGAUAUGGUUAAUACUCCAUGUAGGAGGUGAGCCUAUGAUGGAUCGAUUUUUAACAUAUUCCAGAAAAAAAAUUUGUGCCUGCCAAGACUUGAGAACUGAUAUCAAAUCACUAUUACUAAAAUGUAUUCAACUGUUAAAAGAAGAGAAAAUAACCAUAAAGAGAAUACAUAACGCAUUGUUUUAUAUAGAUGGGAGGUAUUACAAUGUGUCGAACAGGAUUACUGGUAUACAAUAUGCAUUACUAAGACAGUGGAUGAAGGAUGACUCUUUUGUUGGUAGUUUUUAUAUUUUGGGCAACUUAUCAUUAUUUUAUGUUCUAUUAAAUUUUGUUUUAAAAUUGUUCUCAACAAAUGGUAAUGAUGUAUCAGGAUCUGAACCAGAGAUCUAUGUUUCUAAAAGAGGUUGUAUUUUGUGUGGAGAAAAUAUUAAGUCCGCCUGUUCUACUCCUUGUGGCCAUAUUUUUUGCUGGAAUUGUAUAUACGAAGGUUUACAAUACCAGAAAAAUUGUCCAAUUUGCAGAGAAGAAAUUAAACCUAGUAGAAUCGUCUUUUUACAAAAUUUUGUAUAAUAUAUUAGAGAAAAUACAUUAAUUUUAAAAAAA